AUGUCACAAGACGGCAUCUAUCUUCCGAUAGAGGUCAUUCUCCACAUAGCCAAGAGUCUCAUCCCUCGAGACCAGUUGUCACUUGUUCGUGCGUUUCCUGACCUUAUCCGCUUACUGACAUUCCGACACUUUGCUAUUCAGGAUGAACAUGGAAACACAAUCGUACAAUUGCUCGCAGAACAGGGUGAAGAUGGUCUAUUACAACUACUAUUGGCGAGAAAUCAUACCAAAGCGGACCCGGAGAAUAAGAAAGGACGAACACCAUUAUCAUGUGCAGCUUGGCGUGGACAUGAUACGGUGGUGAGGCUGCUACUUGAGCGAGACGACGUCAAUGCGGACUCGAGAGAUCAUUAUGGCCGGACGCCAUUAGCAUGUGCAGCUUGGCGUGGACAUGAUACGGUGGUGAGGCUGCUACUUGAGCGAGACGACGUCAAUGCGGACUCGAGAGAUCAUUAUGGCCGGACGCCAUUAGCAUGUGCAGCUUGGCGUGGACAUGAUACGGUGGUGAGGCUGCUACUUGAGCGAGACGACAUCAAUGCGGACUCGAGAGAUCAUUAUGGCCGGACGCCAUUAGCAUGUGCAGCUUGGCGUGGACAUGAUACGGUGGUGAGCCUACUCCUGGAACGAGACGACGUAAAUCCGAACUCGAAAGAUCAUUACGGUCGUACCCCCCUGUCAUGCGCAACUUUACGUGGUCAUAAUGGGGUUUUCGAAUUACUACUAGGAGCAGAUCAUCUUGACGUGGGCUGA